UAGACAUCAACAACAAACUUCCGCCAGAUUUUUCAGAAUCAAAAAAGUGGAAAAAUCAAAAUGAUUUGGGAGUUAUUUCUUCUCCUUUGUUUGAUUGGUAUUUUUAUGUUUGUAAUUUCAUGGCUGGUGUCACCACAAGUAUUAAAACUGGACGGUAAACAUGUUUUGAUAACUGGUGGCUCAAGUGGUAUAGGGAAGGCUAUGGCCAAGGAAGCAAUAAGGAGAGGAGCUGUAGUAUCAAUUAUGGCCAGAAAUAUUACUAAACUAGAAGCUGCAAAGGUUGAUUUGGAAAAAGUUGCUGGGAAUAAUUUUAAGCAAGUAUGUAUUGUUCCUGUUGAUGUGGCUGGAGACUAUGAAGCAGUACAGAAGGCAGUACAAAAGGCAGAAGACAAACAAGGACCUGUAAAUAUGCUAAUUAACUGUGCAGGGAUGGGUGUGGCUAAAACAUUCGAAGAUCUAAAAAUAGAUGAAUUCAAGAAAUUAAUGAACCUGAAUUAUUUUGGUUCUGUACAAAUGACUAAAGCAGUGAUCAGUAAGAUGAAGGAACAAGGAGGAGGAAGGAUUGUUUUCAUCUCAUCACAGGCUGGUCAGCUUGGCUUGUUUGGUUAUACAGGCUAUGCUGCAUCAAAGUUUGCUCUCAGAGGACUGGCUGAGUCUUUACAAAUGGAGGUACGACCAUAUAAUAUCUAUGUAACAGUAGCCCACCCACCUGAUACAGAUACUCCAGGUUUUGAAGAAGAGGAACGAAAUAAGCCAGAAGAGACAAAACUGAUUUCUGAUACAUCUGGUGUAUUUAAACCUGAGGUUGUAGCUAAACAGAUACUUCAGGAUUCUAUGAAUGGCAGAUUUUGUAGUUAUAUUGGUUUAGAUGGCUGGAUGUUAGCCAACAUUACUUGUGGAAUGUCACCUGUACAUUCAAUCUGUGAUGCAAUACAACAGGUACUGACAGUGAGUGUGUUUAGACUGGUUUCCUUUUUCUACUUACUUCAUUUUACUCGUAUUGUAAGAAAAUGUAAAACGAAAAAAGAUAAAGAGGAGAGAGAAAAGAUGGAGUAAUAUUACUUUGAAGGCUUAUACAAAGAGAUCAAACUGUUUGACGUCUUUGACAACUGUCUUCCAUAUGAGAGAGACUAUUCUUCAAUGUUCCAUUUCAUAAUAUUUCAUUUUGUUUUCAUUUAGAAUGAGAUGUUAUCAUUGACUUAUAUAUUAUGUUCAAAUAACCAAAUCAAUCAAAGCAAUUUUAUUUGCAUUUUUAAUUUUUUUUCUUAAAUUUUUUAAAAAAAAUUUGUUUAAAUGACUUAUGGAUGUUCACUGAUCUUCUUUUUAAUUUUUUGUCUGAAUAUUUCAAAUCCAUUGGUUUUAUCCAUGUAGAGCCUCAGCCUUUUGGUUUAAAUUUUGUUAUGAGUUUAUGUCUUUUUCUGAAGAUUUAAUCAACAGUUUUAUGUUACGUCAGUAUAUUUGCAAUAAAUUUCAACUAAAAUAAAAUCAUUAAUAAUUAACAGUAUAUUUACAACAAAAGAAACAAAAACGGCUGAUGACAAACCUUGCACCAAAUAAAUUUGAACUUGUAGUUCUGUUGUUUUCAUAGAAUUCUAACUUUUACUUCAUCUUAGUUCAUGUUGAUCUUUGGCUUAUUAUACCACAUCUCCUUAUAUUUAUAUAUAAAUUUGAGACAAUGAUUUCCAAAAAUCAUAACACUAAAUCCCUCAAAAUAAUUAUUUAAUAAAUAAUAAAACUGUUGAUUAAAUCUUCAGAAAAAGAUAUAACUUCAUAACCAAAUUUAAACCAAAUAAACAAUAUAAAUGUUGACAAAUCUACAAUUUGUGGUACCAAAUUUAUGAAAAUAUGUCAAGAAAUGACUAAACAAUAAACAAAAAUAAAUGUGAUUUUAUAUAAAAAAAAUAUAGUAAAAAAUUGAAAGUGACCAAUACUCCCAUGCCAUGUACAUGUUCCUGUUAGUAUGAGAAUAUUUUGCUCAUUAACCUUAGUAAUGUGAAAAUAUCAGGGAUAAAACUUUUGACACAUAUCUUUGAGGAAUAUUUGAUAUAUGAUCUGCAUCAUAUAGAAAUCAACCUUAUGCAAGUGCAUGUAUACAUGUACAUAUAAUAUAAGACUUUUAUUAAUUUUGAAACAUUCAAAUACGAAACAGAAAUUGAAUUUUGGUCUGUUUUGUAGGGUUCUUAUAAUAACAAAGUUUUCUAACAGUUACAGACUUUCUGUAAAGCUUUGUUUUUAAAGUGCCAGUCUUUGUAAGAAUCGGGCAAUUUAGGUAAAAAUUAAAACAUGAUUAGAAAAAACCCACGAUCUAAUCAUGCUAUUUAAUACUAACCAUCAUCCUGAGUUAAAAAGUAUUAGUCUUUAGUUUGUGUGUGUUUGGUAAUAUCAAAUAAGUUGUUAGAAAAUUGGUUAGAAUGAUAGGAAAUUACAGAGUUAUCUCCCCUUAUUCAUUAAUUUCUAGUGCAUUUCAACCAAAUAGUAUCUACUAUUACCAGAACAGAACAUGGAAAUGAAUGUUAUUUUUGUGCAUAACAACAUAUUAUGAACUGAAAUCAAUGUCAAAUUGGGUUGGGUUUUUUUGUCAUGUUUUCACCACUGCCUGAUUCUUAGGCAGACUGGCACUUUAAAACUUGGAUUAGCUGAACAUAUGUAUCGAUAUUCAUUUGCAUAAGAUCGAUAUCUAUCUGAGUCAGCUCAUAUCUUAAUGUCAAUUAUUAUGAUUUCCUGAUACAACCAAAGUUUGGUUUUGUGUACAUUGUACAUAUAAAGAAUAGUUUAUAUAAUGUUCUUUGAUCUCUUUAAAUUUAUAUUACUUGAGGAAGUUCUGUAAAUUAUGCAAAACCAGGUAUCUGGAUUUCAGGGAAAAGUGUUGUGAUGUUUAAAGUGAAAGCUACAAAUGUAUAUACAGUUUUAUACACAUGUAUAUUUAUCUAUUUUAAAAUAUUGAUUGA